AACUACUCGAGCUAAACUAUAAAAGUGUCUCGUUUCUUGUUUUUCAAAAAAAAACCCUAGAUUCACUCCUCAACAACUCCCUAACACCAUGGCCGAAGAGCUCGUCUUGAAAGGCACAGUGUGCGCCAUGGGCACUCCCGUCAACAAGGCCGAGAUGAUCGUCACUUCUUCGCGCGACAAGUCAGUCCAGAUUGAAACAGUGACGAAGAUCUCCGAUCUUCCUGUAAAUUUGGUAGAAGAGAUUCUGUCUAGGGUUCCCUUGAAAUAUAUGAGAGAAGUUCGGUUAACUUGCAAAGAGUGGGACUCUUUAUCCAAAAGUCGAAGCUUUUCAAAGAUGCGUAUUGAUAAACUAAGCACUGUAAAGGAAGGUGAGUCUCUGAUGAUCGCAAUGAUGGAUUACAAUCUUUAUCUCACGAGGGUCGUUCUAGGCGGCACCGAUGAAGAUCCAUUCGUAGAGUGCCAAGGUAGACUUACUUGCCUAGACAAACAAAUCAAGAUAUCUGAAUUUUUCCACUGCGAUGGUUUAUUGUUAUGCGUCUUGAGAGAUGAUCUUACCAAAUAUAUUGUUUGGAAUCCGUAUUUGGGUCAAACUAGGUCCAUAGAGGCUAGAGACUCUCACCUUCCAGACAUUUGCCCCUGGACCUGGUUCAAAUACGGUCUCGGAUACGAGGACAAAGGCUCAUCUUGUCGUGGCUACAAAUUAUUGAGGUCUAUAGACAUCUAUUAUGAUAAUAGACCUACACACCAGUGUUCAUGUUAUGAGAUUUACGAUUUCGACUCUAGUACAUGGAAGACUCUUGACAUCACUCCAAACUGGUAUAUACUAUCUUAUCCCGGUGGCGUGUCUAUCAAAGGAAACACCUACUGGCCUGCUUCACAAAGUAGAAAAGAAGACUUGCCUCAGGAUCACAUUAUCUGUUUCGAUUUUAAAAGUGAGAGUUUUGGUCCUCUUAUGCGUCUCCCGUUUGACGCUAAGCAUGCUGACGAUGUGACUUUAUCAUGUGUUAGAGAAGAGAAACUUGCUGUUUUACUCACUCGCAACGAAGCAGGUCUAUUGGAGUUUGAGACAAUGGAGUAUGAGAUAUGGAUCAGUAAUAAGAUUGAGGCCGAAAAGGUGUCGUGGACCAAGUUCUUGACAGUGGAAACGGGACUUUACCUUCUGAGUGCAAGUUCUAGUUUCUUUAUCGACGAGGAGAAGAAAGUCGCCAUGAGUUACUAUAAAACAUUUAACAUUGUUGGAGAGGAUGGAUACUUAAAAAUGCUAAAACUCGGAGAAUGUUUAGGUGGCACAGACAGAAACUGUAGCCUAAACGUGUGGUCUUAUGUUCCAAGCCUAGUGCAAAUCAAGCAACCUGCUGUUCGAGGCAAAAGGAAACAACACAAGGACUUAGAAGCGCAAGUAGACAUGAUAUCAAAAGAAGAAAUGUUAGUCUCAGUUAACAAAGCUUAGUUUAUGUAUUUGCAUUUACUCAUUCGUCAUAUGACCUUGUUUUGGUGUUGUUAAUUAAACC